GCCAGGAGGAAGUUGAUGGCCUGGCUGCAAAGGCAGAGCAACUUCAGCUAGAACAAGACUCAUCCGAUGAAGAAGGCGCAGAGGGCGAUGCUGCAGCCGUAGAAGGCGCGCCCACCACUACACCCAAAAAGAAGAAGAUAUAGAGAAGAAGUCCAAGAAGAAGGGCAAGAAGCAGCAAACUGAGCCGCCAACAGUACCGGUCAGCAAGCUCUUCCCAUCUGGCAUCUACCCAAAAGGCCAAGCCAUGGCGUAUAACGACAACUUGAAACGCACGACUGAAGAGGAAGAACGCGCGAUUGAGCGGGAAAAGGAUUGUGAAUCGCGGUUCAAUGAUUUACGGCGUGCAGCAGAGGUGCAUCGCCAGGUCCGUGGGUAUGCGCGCAGAACCAUCAAACCAGGGAUGAGUAUGACGUCUAUUGCGAACUUGAUUGAAGAUGGGACGCGCUCGCUUGUUGAAGCGAAUGGUAUGCAGAGUGGCAUUGGCUUUCCAACAGGUCUUUCGCUAGACCACUGUGCAGCGCAUUAUUCGCCGAACCCAAAGGAUACGAUUGUGCUGGAGCACGGGAAUGUCAUGAAGGUUGAUUUUGGCGUUCACGUCAAUGGACACAUUGUUGAUAGUGCCUUCACCAUGACAUUUGACCCGGUCUACGAUGACCUGUUGAAAGCUGUGCAAGAAGCAACAGAAACGGGUGUCAAGGCAGCUGGAAUCGAUGUGGUUCUUGCCGAUAUUGGUGAACAGAUUCAAGAAACAAUGGAGUCCUUUGAAGUGACCAUCAAAGGAAAGACUUUUCCAGUCAAGAGUAUCCGAAACCUCAAUGGCCACAACAUCAACCCUUACAGCAUCCACGGCGGCAAGUCCGUGCCCAUCAUCAAGCCGCGCGAGGACAACAUGGAAUAUCAAAUGCGCAUGGAAGAAGGCGAGACAUUCGCCAUUGAGACAUUCGGAUCAACAGGCGCAGGGUACGUUCAGAAUGUUGGCAAUUGCUCACACUACGCGCUGAUCCCAGCCGAUAAGACAUCGCAGCAGUAUCGACAGCAGUACAACAGCGUUGCAAAAUUUUCAGCGGCAAAACAUCUGCUGCAUGUCAUUGAGACGUCCUUUGGAACGUUGCCGUUCUGCAGGCGUUAUCUGGAUAGGUUAGGGGAAGAGUCACAUCUGUUGGGUCUCAGCCGGCUGGUGAAAGCAGGCAUUGUCAAUGACUAUCCACCGCUCGAUGAUAUUGAUGGCUGCUACACAGCACAAUUUGAGCAUACAAUCUUGCUCAAGCCAACGGCGAAGGAGGUCGUCUCUCGUGGUGAAGAUUACUGAGAUUCUCAGUUUAAGUACAACUAUGUCUAAGACGCAGCGCUAUGCAGGA